AUGGGUAAACUCAGUGUUGAAAUCUGCCUGAUCUCUGCUAGGGGACUUCGGAGAACUUCAUCUCUGUGGAAGCUCCAAUGGUUGGCUGUUGGUAGAGAGCCUAUCUUUCUUAGAGAGAGGCUUCAGGGGACAGCUACAGUUGUUGUGAAAGAAUUUCUUGAUAAAUACAUGAAGAAUUCUGAAGUUUCAAACUCAAAACCAGUUGAGGAAGUGGGGAGUUUUGAAUUGCGGAAAAGGAAUUCCACCAAACCUCAAGGAUUUGUGGAUGUUUCAAUCCGGGUUUCCGAGGAAAGGGACGAACCUAGUAUUUAUGGUAUGAGACUUCAAAAAAUACUUGAACCUUGCUUAUCUAUUUAG